CCCCAGUCGUCCAUGGGGGUUCCGCUCCACCCCCCUCGUCUCAGACAAGGCCACACCAGCCAACCGCUGGAACCUGCUGCCCGGCCGGCUCUCGUUCUUGGUCGUCAACAGUCUCGACGCCCGUCUCUGCACUCGCACCUUCGACAUCAGCGGACUGGCCUGCCGUGACGACGUCGACGACGAGGCCAAACGACUGACUGCCUGCUCCGCGAGCGCCGCCGCCGCCGUUACGAUUUCGCUGCUGCGUUUCGCCUCACCUCGCCUUUACCCCUGAGAGGGCUGCAUGGGCUCUCGCGGCCGCCGUGGUAGACGAUAGAUUGCUCGCUGGUCGCCUCAUCGCCCCGUUCGCCCGCCCGCCCGCCGCUUGUCGCUUGGGAAAUCUGACAGCUCCCAAUACUGGGUGGCCCAAUGAGCCUGUGAACACGACAGCUGGCCCUGCUUCCCGUUCGACGACCGCUUCCUUUUGCUCAUUCUUUACUUCCCCCUCUCUUCCUUGUCCCAUGAGCCGACAACUGCGCCUCCUUUCGCACCACCUGGCGCCGCUGGUCCCACGAUAUCCUCGUGCGCGUCAUUUUGACGCCGCUGGCAUAGCGCCGCCUCAUCAUGGGGAUGCUACGGCCGGCCACGCCGUUGUCGGUCUUGCUCUUCGCGGCCUUUGUCCUGCUUCUCCUCUCCGUCAUCUCCAUCCCGGUUACCCAAUUCGUCCCGCUGGGCAAGUUCAAAGAUGUCACCUUUGGCGUCUUUGGUUACUGCAGGGAUGGCGGCAAGUGUAGUCCCAUCGGUAUAGGAUACGACACUGGGAAACUCCUCGACAAUGAGAAGCAGGCCUUUGACUUGCCGACCAGCGUCCGGGAUACGCUGUCGGCGGUCCUGAUUGUACAUCCCAUCGCCGCGGCCCUGACGCUCGCCAUGUUCGUCAUGGCCGUCGUCUCCCAUUUGCACGCGCCGUCUCAUUCGGCGAGAUACCUCCUCGUCCUCUUCAUCCUCAUGCUCAUCACUUUCCUCGUCACCCUGCUUGCCUUCUUGGUCGAUGUGCUCCUCUUCAUCCCCCACAUGGCCUGGGGCUCAUACGUGGUUCUGGCUGCCACGAUCCUAAUUGCUUUGAGUGCCGUCGUCUCUUGCGCCAUGCGCAGGACGGUUGUCGGCAGAAAGGCGCGGCAGAAGCGCAUUGCCGAAAACGCAGAAAUGAGCGGGGAAAAUUAUUACAACAGAGAGGGACAGUCGAAGCCUUCUCCCACCACCGCUGCCGAGCCUACCAUGCCCAUGGUGAGCGGAGGAAACUCUGGACCUGCCGACAGCCUGCCUACGUUCGCGACGUUUGAGAGCCGGAAGGAGGAUCAAGUUAGCGACGAGCGAAUCCCCCUGACCCAACGAAGCCCCACGCAGACGUCGCCGACCGCCUUUCACAGCGAAAUGGCCAACGCCGGAGAGGUGGCCGCUUACAACGCCGCGAGACGAACCCCUUCGCGAGAUCCUUACGGCAACCCCAAUGGACCACCCGAUGCGCACGGUGUGCCUCGUAUGCCAUCCGCCGAUCGCAUGAAUCGCGGGGGCGACAUGGGCGGCGCCGGGGGCUAUAGAGGCCGUGGUGGAGGGUACGGCCGUGGCGCGUUCGACCCUUACGGCGCUGCGACGCGAAGCCGCGGAGGCUACGGGCCUCCACCCAGAGGCGGCCCGCGCGGUGGACGCGGGUACGGGCCGCCGCCGCGAGGCGGCUACGGACCGAGAGGAGAUGGUCGUAGCCCGCCGCCAUUGAAUGGACAGGGCCAGUACUACAGGCAACAGACGGACACCAUGGACAAUGGCUGGGCCGCGCCCAGCAAUGCCUCUGCGCCCAGUCUCAACAGUGGCAACACUAGCUAUGCGCCUUACAACCCUGGCGCGGGUGACUUGCCCAGGGCAGAAUCGCCACCACCUCUGCUCGGCGCCUCUAACGCGCGAGGCAUGGACCGGCCGGUCGAGAUGGAUUCGACGCCCCUUGCGCCGCCCAACGCAUAUGGCCAGUACGGCGGGAGCAUUCGUGACAGCGACACAGACGUCGCCGGCAUGGUUGGGCUGCAGCAAGGCCGCCCUCCGAACCGCCAUGACACCAUCUUGAGCGAGGGAAGCAAGUACAGCACGGACGACGCCUACGUUCCGCCACGAGCCGCUUGGGCCGGCAACAAUGGCCGUACAUCGCCUCGGGCCGCCUCACCAGGUGGCUCGCAUCUUCGGGGGGCUGCCGAGCUCUCUGGGCGGAACACGCCCCCCGUGAACGCGCCGCAUAACGCCAACUACUACGAGGACGUGGACCCCCGAUUCGCGGCCCCGACACGGCCGAACAAUGCGCCGCCGCCGCCAGCCGAGCACGACUACGAUGACGUCCGCGCCGCGGCUGGUGGGUCACGAAGCCCUGCAGAGUCUGAGCGGUCCAACUUCACAUCCAUCUCGCAGCGGGGGGUCAACCCGCGCUGGAACCCGAACCACCCACCGAUGCCGCAGCAGCGCCGCCCGGUACCGCAACAUCAGCAACGCCAAGACAUGCUGCUGAACAACCCAGACUUCCAGCUGCCAGGGAACCGCGCGAGGGCGGGCAGCAGGGGAGCCGGGCCAGGCAUGAUUCCCGGCAGCGCCUAUCCGACUGGUGCGAUGUGAAGAUGGCCGGGAACAAAUGGUUCUGGCGGCGCGCGACGUAAAUAGACAUCGGUUCGACUUUCUUACUUCACAUGAUCCUUCGCCCUCCGCCAUCAGAUCAUAGGCAGUACACCGGGGGCUCCUGACGCUGGCAAGACGUCCUCGGCCACAUGGUUCGACUACUACUACAUGUUCCGUAAAACUUCCACCUCCUCUUCGAGACGAUCCUUUCAACUCCAACUUGCCUUCGAAGUCACCAUGUUCUGCCCUGGACGGACUUGCCUGCUUUGUCAGCCACUCAUUUCUUACACAUAUAUCGGACGCGAAAAGCUCUGAGGAUACACAAGGACCUUUGUUGCUAGAGGCUUGCAUAGUGUUGCCCGACCCCUUCUGCAGUGUGCGGGGCGGUCAGGGCGUGGGAGGCGCGACGCCAAUUUCGUCGCCCGGGCACGUGAGAAGUGCCAGACAGUGGGGGUGGCGCUUCUGGAUGGGUGGUCUACUCUGACGGACUGGACUCGAGCUGCGGAAUGCGAUUUUGGUAGGCAUGCCGACUGGCUAGGCUGGUGAUGCCGGGGCACGUGCACUAAUACGCAGCUGCACGAGUAAACUAGCUCGUACCUUACCUAUACGUUGGUAGGUAGUACAGCACGCAGACAGAUACGGCAUGUAGAUGGACAUUUGCACCCCUACUAUUAGUGCUUGGGUAAAGCAGUAGGUAGAUAGCCAAUGCGAUGCAUGCAGGGAC